CCGAAGUGGGGAGGAGGCUGCGCAGUGUCCUCUUUCUCAAAGCGAGGGCGAUGUGGAACAGUAACAGGGAAGGGACCCCGAAGCGGGCCCGGCCCACCAGCCCGGUGGACGGCUUUCGCACGCCUGAAAAGCGCGUCUCUGCGUGGCAAGCUGCAGAACCCGGCGGGCUCCAGCCCCGGCAUUGGGACACGGAGCAGCUGUGCAUUUUCCUCCAGCGCCGCGGCUUUGCAGAACCGGCGCUGCUGCGCUGCUUUCGAGAACACCAAAUCACCGGUUCAACUCUGCCCUACCUUACUGAAUCUCAUCUUGAAAAAAUGGGAAUUGGAGCUGUAGGAGUGAGACAGUCUCUUCUGGUUUGCCUGCGCAAACUGGCACAAAGUCAUGCUGACAUAAUGAAGGUAUUUAAUGACCCGAUUCAUGGUCACAUUGAAAUGCAUCCUCUCCUUGUUCGAAUCAUUGAUACACGUCAGUUUCAGCGUCUGCGAUACAUUAAACAGUUGGGUGGUACUUACUAUGUUUUCCCAGGAGCAUCGCACAACCGCUUUGAACAUUCCCUUGGAGUUAGCCAUCUGGCUGGUCGUUUGGUCCAGGCACUUCAAGAGCGACAACCAGAACUGGAUAUUGACGAGAGGGAUGUUUUGUGUGUCCAGAUUGCUGGUCUUUGUCAUGAUUUGGGUCAUGGGCCAUUCUCGCAUAUGUUUGAUGGAAGAUUCAUCCCACUUGCUCGUCCAGGAUUCAAAUGGAAGCAUGAAGAGGCUUCUGUUCAGAUGUUUGAGCACUUGAUCAAUGUCAAUAAUCUGGAAAAAGACAUGAAGUAUUAUGGUCUCAACUGCAAUAAAGAUAUAGUUUUUAUCAAGGAACUGAUAGCAGGACCUAUUGAGACAAAACCAGAUGGUGUUUUGUGGCCUUAUUCUGGGCGAUCUAAAGAAAAGAGCUUUCUUUAUGAUAUUGUGGCUAAUAAAAGAAGUGGCAUUGAUGUUGAUAAAUGGGAUUACUUUGCUAGGGAUUGUCAUCAUCUUGGAAUCCAAAACAACUUUGAUUAUGAACGCUUCAUUAAAUUUGCCCGUGUCUGUCUAGUGAAAGAGGAGAAGCAUAUUUGCACCCGUGACAAGGAGGUUGGAAACUUGUAUGACAUGUUCCACACACGGAACUGCCUGCAUCGAAGAGCCUACCAACACAAAGUUGGCAACAUAAUUGAAAACAUGAUUACAGAUGCCUUUUUAAAAGCUGAUCCCCAUAUCAGAAUAAAGGGUUCUGGGGGGAAAAAAUACAAGAUCUCUACAGCACUGGAAGAUAUGGAAGCCUACACUAAGCUAACAGAUGAGAUCUUUCUACAGAUUUUAUACUCUGAUCAACCAGAGCUGAAUGAAGCAAGGGAAAUAUUGCGUAAAAUAGAGCAGCGUGACCUAUAUAAGUGCCUGGGAGAGACUCAGCCUCCUGAGGGCAAGGAAAUUGCAAAGGAGCAGUAUGAUGGACUGUCUGCUGAAAUAGUUAAGUCCAAGCCAAAGAAAUUUUCCGAAGAUGUUGAAUUGAAGGCUGUUGAAUUGAAGGCUGAAGACUUUAUUGUUGAUGUUAUCAAUAUGGAUUAUGGAAUGAAAGAGAAGAACCCUGUUAAUAAUGUUAAUUUCUACUGUAAGUCUGACAUCACUAAGGCAAUCAAAAUUACUAAAGAUCAAGUAUCAAAGCUUCUACCAGAAAAGUUUGCAGAACAACUAAUCCGGGUGUAUUGUAAGAAAAAGGAUGAAAAGGUCAUCUAUGUUGCUACAAAACAUUUCAUUCAGUGGUGUAUGGACAAGGAUUUCACUAAACCACGGGAUGGUGAUGUGGUUGCCCCUGAACUUACUCCAAUGAAAGCCAACUGGAAUGUAACUGAAGAAGACAAAACACAUGAUUCAAAGGAAAACAGUGACACGUCAAAGUCUAAAACCAGACUUUUUUGUGACUGAGUGAAAAACUUGAAUUUCUGUUGAGUGUGUUUGGGUUUUAUAUAUAUAUCAUUGUGUAAGACAAUAUGGACAGAGUUUUUACUUCAAUUAAGAAUAUUUUGUAAAACUACAAAAUAAAUCUGCACAGUACCUUUUAGUAAGGUGCAUUGGAAAAUGUCUCAUAGUGCAGACAUUUUAAAGCUCUACAUUUGUUGUAGCUUUCACAAGACAAUUUAAUGACUGCUAAUGACAAUGUUAAUUAUUCCCAGCAUUCUCAUUUUGUUGCUAGUUAAAUGUAUGAGAGAAGUAAGAACUGUUUCAAAACAAGUGCAAAAGUUUUGGAAAAAUCCCUUAACCCAUAAACAUAAAAAAAGAAGACGACUAACCUACUAUUUCAAGACAAUAUUUUUGUUUUUUAUGAUGGACAAAAUAGUAUAAUUUAUCUACCAGGGCAAACACUAUAUGCAAAAUAUAUUGUGGGGAAGGGUGUGAAACCUGUGCUACUUUCCUUAAUUUAUAUAUUUUUGUUAUAAAAUUGAUUAUCGCAUUGUCCUUUUAUAAAAGCCUUUGCCAUUUCCUCAGGUCACGAGAGAGCUGAAGUUAGUCUAUGUGCCCAGACACAAUCUAGGGUAUAAUAUUUCAAAGUUUUUAAAAUGGAAACUUUGCUCAUUUUUUUUAAAUAAACAAAGGGAAUAUUGGUAAUAACAAAGAAUACUACCGAAAACAUACUGGCCUUUGAACGCAUGCCAGAAAGAAUCUGAUUUACAUAGAGGGGUAAAAAGCUUUUGAGCGUCUUAAAGGAAGAAGCGUGUAUCAAACUAGAGGACUCUACCUCUUAUACUUCAAACCAGCUUGAAUGUAUUUAGGAGAAGGUGCGGGGCUGGGGGAGACACUCAAGCAUCAGUGGCUCAUGCUGGCUGGGGCAAAAGAGAGGGAGAAAUGAUAUGUGUUCUGUCUUUUCUGGGUUGUUGUUUUUUCAUUUCCCUUCCCAUUGCAAUCAAUAUGAGGAAACUUACACAUGCCACUCCAGGGCUGGUGUGCCUGGAGUUGGGGGCAUGCCUGGGGACUGGGAGCACUAUAUAUCCUGCAGAUUCAGAGUUGCCUUUGAUUUACCCAUGACUUUCUCCCUGAUCCAUCUCCCUGUACUGAUGUUGGGAGUUCUGAUAUUGGAGAGGUAAGAGCCUCAGACAUUUCCGUGUGGGUCGUGAGGGGUCAUCCAAGGUUAGAUCUGCUCUUCUGAGGUUGGACCUAUGUCUUUAUCCUCUGAAGGUGAAGGAGCCAUAGGAUGGCAGACUGCUAGAUAGAAGUCUCUUAUCCCUGCGGCUUCUGAGUAGCCUAUGCCCUUCCAGGCGGCUGCUGCCAACAAGUUGGGAGAAGCAAUGGAGGCUAUUUUCACCUUUCCAUCCCCUUUUGCAUUUUUCCUCCAUAGAUGGGCCUCUGAGCCCAUCUAGAGGAGUUGCACUGCUGGUGGUGGGUUCAGUUCUAGGACUUGAGAGACCGUAGGAUCCAUGGAUCCCAGCUACUCCUCUCACUUUCUUGCCCAAAAGGAACACCCUUUUUGACCAUUACAAGGUUAUCUGAGGUUGCUUUUUCUGUAAGCAGCCACCGCAGUUCUUUCUAACAUUGCUGCAAGGGGGUUGAGGAGAGGUUCAAAUGCAGAGUCCCAUUCCCAAAGUCAUAGGGAGGGAAUGUCUAUGGCUUUGGGUGGGCAUCUCUGCCAUCUGCCAGGGACCAAAGGAUCGUGCUGCCCAUGUCUCUUUAUAUCCACAGGUUACAGGAUUAUAUUCGUAUGGAAUAAUAUGUUCCUUUAAAUUAUUUUUGGAAAUGUAUUUUUAUGAUGUGCACUUUAUGGUGACAAAAUUAUGUCUUUGUGUAUGACAGGUGUGCUGUUCAUUGUGAGAACUGUGAUUUCAUCUCUUGCUUUUUCUUUAAGCCCCUUUUAAUAGAUCUGAGCAAGUGUCAGAAGAAUUGUAUAAACUUUUUAAAUUUAUUGCCCUAUUGCCAACAGAAGGACUCCUUCCAAUUGCAGAAGGGACUAAAAUACAGUGGAUGUUCCUGUUGAAAGAAAUGAGGGAGGUUACUUCUGCAGUCCUCUGUGUCACCUCUCACACUGUAAAUCUGAAAGGACUUGUAGGGUGAAGCGGUUGUUGGCGAAAAUGAACAGUGUUGUUGGAUUUCUAUUGAAAAUUUAAGGAUACAAAUUUAAACAUCCAGUGCUUUACUGAACCCAUAUCACCACCACACUGAAUCUGAAUUCUCUUUUGUAUAUAAACACAUACCUGUGUACAUCAGCUUCCUAUGUGCAGAAAGUUGUUCAGGGUGACUCCAUGCACUCAGCAAGCCAUGUAGGGCAUGGACUAAAUUGUGUAAAGAGACUCCAGAAUGUUUGGGUUAAUUGAGCUCAGUAAGCUUUAAUUGUAAGAAAGCUUAUUGCAUUUUAAGUUCCAAUGUCAUCUUCAAAUUACAUCUUAUACUUAAUAUCAAAGUGCCAGGGCAGCACAGUGCACAUAUAGUGAUAAUUAAAGCUGUAAUGGAUUGCCAGACCUGUCAAUGUUACAAAUCCUAUGUUUUUCAUGUCUGGAUAUAAAUCUUGAUCUGUGUUCAUUUCAGCUCAGUAAUAAAAACUCUGAUUGUU